CCUCCAAAGUCCAAACCGUCCCCCUUCUCUUUUGGCGGGAAAAUCCCUCUCUCAGUUCCUAACAUUUUUGCCUCUUGCUUCAAUCUUCUCCGAUGACCUAAAACCCUAGUUAGUGUCAUCUGUAUUCUGUAAUAGCACAACUCAGCUCAACCGAAACAUAAAAUGGCUCCAAAGAAAAGAACAAGUUCAGGAUCAGUGAAGAAAUCAAGCAAUCAAAACCAGAACCUUCAGCAUCAGCAGCAAUCUCAGCCUUCCAAAUUCGGGAUCCAGCAUUUCUUUGAACGCCACACCCAAAAUGUCCUCUCUCAGAAAUCCAAACCCCUCCUCGUUCCCCACAACUCCAAUUCCAACUCAUUUCAAAACCCUAAAGAAAAUUCCAGUGUAUCAGUACCAGAAACUUCUACAAAUAAUGGAUUGAAUUCGAAGAAGUGUGACAAGGAUAAUGCGGUGUCUCGAGAUAAAGACCGUAGAAAUGUGAAUAAAUCGGAUCAUAUUGAUGUAACGGAGAGAUUUAAGGAUAAGGGAGUUGGGGAUGGUAAAACUAAGGGAAAAAGAGUGACUUCGAAAAAGAAUGAAUUGGGUGGUCCGUCUCAGAGUACACCUACGGAGAAUGUGGUAACUGCAGGUUCAGUGGAGGAUAAAAAUCAAGCAGAAACAACGCCUGAGUUUUGCAAGUCAGUGUCUGUGAAGCGCUUCAAGUUUUCUCCAGGAAUGCUGAUCAAGCAAAGCCAGGAUGAUGGAGGUGAUGAAGUAACAUGGAGAAUAUCUCCAGUGAAUGAACGACUUCAUGCCGUGUCCAAACAGUUACCAGAGAUGGUAAAGGUGUUGGCGGAUUCAUCACGCUUCAACUCCUUAAGUAUUCAAGAAUGUUCGCUGAAAAAGACGUCUCCUGGGACAGAAAGAAAGUUUGAGAAGCGGCUUUGUUCACCUCCACUGAAGGCGCUUGAUAAAUCAUUAGUAAGCUCAAAUAGGGCUAGCUUGAGAAACAGAAACAACGAUCAUGUAAUGGAUCUGUGGGAAACCAAUGGAAACUUUAACUGCCAGAGCAAAACUGAAGUAACUAACAGUCAGAGUCCUUUUCAAACUCCACCAUCUUUGACAUACGGCAGUGAUAAGCCUGCCAAUGCGGUCAAUAAUAAUGAAGUUACUGAUCAGCUUGGUUCAAGGCAACACAAAAAGGCAUUGAUUGAGCUUUUAGACCAAGUAGAAGAUGUUAUCUCGGUUGAACCAAAAUCUAAGGAGAAAGUUGCCCAUAGUCAUGAUGAACCAGCUAAGCCAGCUUCCAUUGUGCUAGAAGAUGUAAUUUCUGUUAUACCAAAAUAUGAGGAGAAAGUUGCAUCCCAUAGUCAUGAAGAGCCAGCUAGGCCAGCUGCCAUUGUGCUAGAAGAUGUCAUUAAUGUUGAACCAAAAUGUGAGGAGAAAGUUACAUCCCAUAGUCAUGAUGAACCAGCUAAUCCAGCUGCCAUUUUGCAGAAAUCGGCAGAAAUAUUUUGUGCACGUGACCAAAGGAAAGAGUCAACUAUCUAUUUUCUUGUAUUGGAGGUUUCUGAGAAGCAUGGACAAGUUGAAACAUCUGGACAGCAGUACUCCUUCAAGGUUUUGCGCAUACUGAAUGAACAAAGUGGAGAAGAGCGGGUUUUGCAAUUGAGAGAUGAGUGGUGCUAUAGUGUUGUUGCACCAGGAGAUACUAUUCAUGUCAUUGGUGAGUUUGACAGCGAAGGAAAAUGUGAAAUAGACCGUGAGAAGAAUUUUCUCAUUGUUCAUCCAGAUAUUUUAGUCUCUGGAACAAGGGUUGCUUCCAGUUUCAGUUGCUCAAGGCGAGCUGUGCUGGAUGAGAGGUUAAAAUCUGGCGAGUAUUCAGCUGCAGCAUUGAUUGGCACAUUAUUGCAUCAGAUGUUUCAGGCUGGGCUGAUCAGAGAGUCUCCUACACAAGAAUUCUUGGAGGAUUAUGCAAGGAUAGUGCUCCAGAAAAGUCUUGAGAGCCUAUAUGCAUGUGGAGUUGAUGAAAAUGAUACUCACAAGACAUUGAUCGAGGCAAUUCCAAAAUUGCUGAAUUGGAUACGUUCCUUCCAAUAUUCGGAGGUUUCAGAAGGCCCAAGUAUUGAUUUUGGAAGUGAAGAUGGAGUUAAGAAGAUUAAAGUAUCUGAAGUACUUGAUAUUGAAGAAAUGGCAUGGGCCCCAAAAUAUGGGUUGAAAGGUAUGAUUGAUGCAUCCUUGCGAGUAAAUGUAAAAUUCAACACCAGUAAACAUAAUGAGAUGAUUAUGCCUCUCGAAUUUAAAACUGGGAAGGCAACAAAUGGACAGACAGCUAUGGAACAUAAUGCUCAAGUGAUGCUGUAUACCCUUCUUAUGUCAGAAAGAUACUCGCAGCAUAUUGGACAUGGUCUCCUGUAUUAUCUGCAUACAGAUCAGACGCAGGGAAUAACUGUUCGAAGAUCUGACUUGGUUGGCCUAAUAAUGCGCCGUAAUGAACUUGCAAAUGAUCUUCUCAAAACCACUAUAACUCAACAACUGCCACCAAUGUUACAGAGUCCAAAUAUGUGCAGAGCCUGUCGACACCUCAAUGUCUGUACCAUUUAUCAUAAGGCAUACGGUGGCAACACAGAAGGUAGCGGUUUGGGUGGUGUUUUUGAUUCACUUGUUAGCCAUCUAACAAAUGCACAUACUAAUUUUCUUCAAAAAUGGGAUCAGUUGAUUGACUUGGAGGCUAAAGAAGUUGAGGUUGUAAAGAAAGAAAUUUGGAGUUCACAAAGUCCAAAGAAUGACCUUUACGCUCCUUACUUAUCUUCUCUUGUCCUUGAUACAUCAGAACGAACCACACCAACAAAGUUUUGCAAAGGAAAUCAAUUUACUUAUCACUUUGUACAUCGAGAUUGGACUUCCUUGGGCACUCACCAACAGGAUGGAGAUGCUCUUAAUAGUUAUAAUUUUCCUAUGAAAAAGUUUGAAUCCUCACUUAGGAAUGGGGAUUAUGUGAUAUUGAGCACUGAACCUGGUGGUAUACUAAUAGCUACUGGAGUUGUUGUAGAUAUGAGUUGCUCUCGCAUCUCGGUAUCUCUUUCCAAACGCUUAAGGCUUCCAGGUAGCAGCCGGACUUCACAGGCACAAGAUCUUCAUCAGCAGUUGUGGCGAAUCCAUAAAGAUGAGUUUAUGGGUUCAUUUGCAAUUAUGAGAUUCAACCUCAUACAACUAUUUCUGCAAAAUGAGCAGAGUUCUCAUCUGAGGAAGAUGAUAGUUGAUUUGGAGGUGCCUAGGUUUGAUAGUGGAUGUCAAUUUAGUCAAGACCCCGCCAUCUCAUACAUUUGGUCGGAGAAAAACUUGAAUGACGAUCAGCGCCGAGCCAUACUUAAGAUACUUACGGCAAAGGAUUAUGCGCUGAUACUAGGAAUGCCAGGGACAGGCAAAACAUCCGCUAUGGUCUAUGCUGUGAAGGCGCUGUUGAUGAGAGGUUCAUCCAUUUUGCUUACCUCCUAUACAAACUCAGCUGUUGAUAAUCUGCUUCUCAAACUGAAGGCUCAGGUCAUCUCCAUCCUUGAUGCUUCUAUUAGAAACUUAUUGUUUUGAUCUUUAUUUAACUGCUAUGCUGUAUCUCAAAAACUUAGAAGGUAUAAGCUGUGGAACUGGUGUCAACAUAGUAUAAAAUUCUUGCUUUAAAUAGUCUUGGGAAAGCUAGAUUUAGCAAACUGAAGAAAUCUAUAUUCGGUGCAAGGUAGGCAUAGGAGUUGAUGUGUAGCAUUAGAUGAAACUGGUUGAUUUUAGAAGGGCCUACUAUGGCAACUACAUUCCCUAGCUGCUUCUACUGGUAUUAGUGUUACAUCAUUAUUUCCUCUUUAUCCUUCGAUCAUUUAGUAGCUACAUACAUUUUUUAUUUUACUACCUCCAAACUCCUGAAAUAAAUUCCAGCAUAAAGCUGCUUGGUGGUGACUCCAUCGAAUAAAAUCCUUUUUGAAUCACCAAAUUGUCGCAUUCAUUGAAAUCCCUUCCUCCACUUGUGAGAAUUUGUUGCAUAUGUAAUGUGGUUAGUGAAUGGGCGUUAAGGAGGAUCUCCACCUGUCAUUUGAAGCUCUGCUGGAAGUAUGUGUUCUCGCAUGGACUAACGGGUUGAAGGAGCCAUCAGGGAAUUGGAUAUCCCUUUAAAAAGGGCUGGAAGACCCUUUUAGAUGCGAAAUUCUUCGUUUUUUUUAUCACAUGCUUCCCAUUGGUCAAUGAUCAACCAAGGUGCUCUAUACUUCUUCACUACUUGUAAGGCGUGACAUAUGAUUCAUUGACUUUUAAUUUAAUAAAAGAAGACAUUCAAAAUGCGAAUGUCUAGCUAUUUAAUGGAUAAGGGAAUAGAUUAUAGCUGUUCAGCUUAACUCAGUGCAAUCUUGUAGAAAGAACAACUCAAACUUAGACAUUCAACUGUUAACUAUAAACCCUAAACCUAUAUUUUUAAAAUAUAUAAUUAAUAACAACCUUUAAAGUUUAAACUGUUUUGUAACUUGAAGCAUUUUCAAGGAAAACUAACAAAUGCCUAUCAGAAAUUCUAAACAAGGGAUAUCUUGAGUCCAAAUUGAUAAACACAAGUCAUUUACUUUGAAAUUUGAUUCCUCCAUAUUGUAGAUCAUGUAUAACUUGGUCUCACCAUGAAAAGUUUUAGAUAGCGCUGUUAAGCUGUUGAUGAAUUAGUAGACAAGCUAUUCGGAUAUAUGUUAGUGGGGCUUAAGCGAAGGGGCAAACAAAUCUAAUCUAUUAGCUUCAUGGCAGAAAACCAAAAUUCUAUCCUUAUAAUCCUUAUCCUAACAUAAUGCUGUAUUCUGGCCCGGGCCUUAGUGGGCCUAACGGGCCGGGCCUCGCGGUCCCGGGCUUCGUGGUCCUGGGCUCUUGCGGUCCCGGGCCUGGCGGUCCCGGUCUUCGUGGGCUCAAUGGGUGGAACCGGCCCGUGACGGGCCUAAGCCCACAUGGUCCUGUGCUUAACGGGCCGGGCUCGUGGGCUUUG